AUCUCGGACCGAUUUUUAGCAUUGCAAAUACAGCUUAACGCUUAAAACGAGAUAAAUUGAAAUAAAUACAUAUAUAUACAAUCAAGCGUAGGAGAGAGAGAGAGAGAGAAAGAGAGAGAGACAGAGAGAGCAAAGAUUCUCCAAGUGCAAAAAGUGCAAGAGCAACGCGAACGAGCCUGUAAUCGUAUGUACUGCGACGCGAUUGGCCGAGUUCGCUAACAUCAGACUUUGAAUCGCGGCAUCAUUGUUCAGUACACUUUUAACCAUCGUGUUACUUCUUUUUUACGAUACUGCUAUCAGUUGCAAUCGUUAUCUCUUACGUUAUUCUCCGCAAGUGAGAACAAAAGUGUGUCGUAAGUGUUUGUAUCUCGCAGACGUUUGUAUUCCACAAUCUUUCGAUGCCUUCGGUGAUCGGCUCCGCGUACACGUUAUUGAAGUUUAAUUGUUUUCGUGUACUACUCCAAGGGAAGAGCGCGAUGAGAUCACGGAUGGUGCGGCAUUAGGCGAUUCACCGUUCUGUAAUCAACUCUAGGACAGUGUGGGAGCUUUCCAGCUUUCCAUAAGAUCGAUUCCUGCAUGUAUCUCCUCGCUGCAUGGAUGUCAUGCCACCACUUGACUUGAACAAACUCAAGAAAAGACCAUUAGAAGUUUCGGAACGACCCAAGAAAAAGAUAGACAGGUUCGAUGGAUUGUCAGAGGAGGAGGUACAAAAAUAUACGUUGGAAGAUUAUCUGGAGAUGAAUCUGGACAUAGUGUUUGUCGGAAUCAAUCCGAGUUUAACAGCCGCGCACCGUGGUAGAUAUUACGCAGGUCCCGGUAAUCACUUUUACAAGUUGCUACAUGAAUCGGGUCUAACGCCACGAUUUGUCAGUUUUGAGGAAGACUAUAAACUGUUGCAAUACAAUAUUGGCUUGACAAAUAUCGUAUCACGUCCUACUAGAUCUGCUGCAGAUCUUAAGCGAACAGAACUCAAAGAGGGUGCUAAAAUAGUGGAAGAAAAACUAAGAUUAUACAAACCCAAAAUUGCAGUAUUUAACGGUAAAUGCAUCUAUGAAGUAUUUGCUCACAUUACUACUAAAUCUAAAUUUUAUUUUGGAUUACAACCAGAACGCAUUGAUAAUACUGCAAUUUGGGUGACACCGUCGAGCAGCGCACGGUGUGCUAAUUUUCCCAGAAUGAUGGACAAGUUGCAGUUUUACACGGCAUUGAAAAAGUAUCUACAUUUUCUGAAAGGCGAAAUUACCGACGUCGAUGUAAAGGAAUUCUGCUUUGAGAGAUGCAAGCAAAUUAUACCCAGCACUUCCAAAAUGUGGCGACGCAAAAACAUCUCUACUUUUCUUUAUGGAGGUAGAGUUGUUAAUAAAAACACGCUUUGUUUAGAUACAUCUGAAGAAAAUAUUGCUUUAAUUCAUACAGCAGAAUUUUUAGUAGAAAAAACUAAUGAUGAAAAAUAUGAUGAAGAUGAGAAUAUGUCUAUUAAUAAGAAAACAUGUAGUCAAGAAAGUGAAAGUCAAACAUCAUUUAACGAAACUAUAGGAAAAAUUGAGAGAAAUAUGAAAGAAACGGAAAAGCUUCUAGAUUCUGGUGAUGAAGUAGUAGUUAAGUCAAAAACUAAACGAAUCUCUAAUAUUAAUAGAAAAAAAAGUAAAAAUUAUCCCAUUGUAAUUAACAAUACUUUAAAUCAUGAAGAUAAUGCAACCAAUUUUAAAAAUAAUGAAAAACGUGUAUCUUCAAGAAUUGUUCCCAAAACACAAAAUUACUUGAAAAAUUGCAAUAGUCAUGACACAGAUUUUAUAAGUAUAAUCAAACAAAGAUUAUCACAGAAAAGUAGCAAUGAUAAUAGUGCAUGCACUGUCUCAAGAUCAAAAUCUAAUUCUAAAAAAAAUAAAACGGUAAAUAUUAAUGAUGAAGAUACAAGUGUAUAAUUUUCAAUUCUAAAUAUUUACAAUUUAGCAGUAUGUGUACAUACAUCUUAUUCUUUUGUAACUUGAAGUUUGUUACCAAGAUAUUUAUUAUAUAUAGACAAAUAAAAUAUAAUAAGUCAAACUGA